CUUCAUUCUACAAUGUCUCACCAACCUUUCAACCGAACCGCCGCCAUGUCAGAGAAGAAGGAGUGCAUGCAGCCCGUUGAUGACACCACCGCGACUUCCUCUCCGGAAACCCAGGACAAUAUCAACAAGGACGCACCUGAGAGCAUCAACCAGCAAGCCCGUGCACCCGCCUUCCCUCUUAUAAAGCCUUACGAAAAUCUGCAGGCUCAAUAUGGUCAAAUGCACGACAAAAUGAUUGACUUCGUCGACAAAGGAAACCACGAGGAGGCCGAGAAAUUGGCUCACAAGCUCCUCUCGUUUGGAAAUUUGCCAGUGCUCUACAGAGCCUACGCUCACAUGAUACUCGCCCAUGGUCUUGAAGACUGCCUGUUCCAUGCCCAAAAGGCAGUCGAGGAAGCUGAAUGGGGUCUGAACAAGUAUGGCGACGACAAAGGUGCAGGAUCAAAGUUGCUUGCCAUCACCAAGCGAGUCCUCGCAAAGACUGAAGAAGCUGAAGCCAGCGGUGCUGAAGAAGAAGAAGAUGAUGGAGAAGCAGAGCUGGAACUUAAGGAAGAAUCGAAGGAUGAGUAA